UGCAAAACAAAAUCCUUUAUUUGCUUUUCGUUUUGUGUAAAGGUUAUGCAGUGUUGUCCAUUUUAAGUGGCUUACCCAUACAAAAUUUCAUAUGAAUAAAAAUCAAAUUUCAAAGAUGAUAGAUAGACUGUUACUGUUUAGUAGGCACUGUCAGUUAGGCUGAAAAUGUCUCAUGCCUGGUUCCCAAAAAUGUAUUUGGGAGCCAGGCAUGACACUUGAAGUAGAUUCCUGAGGUCAAACAUUGUCAAUGGCCUUCAACCAACACAUCAAAGAUGGGCUAACCCAAGUAAGAUCUCGUAGUUCCUUAUAUAUUCUUCUUGAUAGAAGAAAUUAUCUGUAAAAGCUAAUUGAGAUUUGACCAACACUCUAUAAAGCACUUCAUAUUUAUAUCAAUUAACAGCCUCUUGUAAAUAUUUCAAUAACAUAUAUGCUCAAUAUGAUUGUACAAAUUGGUAUUAUGUCUUUCUUAACUCCCCUCAUCUUUUUCCAAUGGUUUGCUCCACAAGCUCUUAAGUAGGCCAUUGGUGACAUUGUACCCUUUGGUCUCUCCAGGCCUGACAAGAAGAUAACUGAAAGAAGGAUUGGAUUUGUUUGACUGACUCUGUUUAAGUUAGAGUUGUUAAAACAAUAAACUGUAGCAUUUUUGAACUUUUAAUUCAAAGUGCUUGGUUGAAGACAAAGAAUGGUUGAAGAAGAGGAAUCAAGAAUCAGCAUGCUCCUCAAGCAGGUUGACUGGCUCACAUUUAUGUAUUUAUUUAUCCACAUAUAGUUUUCCUUAUCUACUACAGCCCUCCACCCAGCUUCUCCACAAUGGAGAAACUGGGUGGAGGCCGUCUCACACACAUCCUGAGAUUUGAUGUCCCCACCUCACCCAUGCCCAUCCCCCCUCAACAUUCCCUCCAUGGCUUGGAGGGAAACAUGCUGAACUAUAAAGUGUAGCAUGUUUGAACUUUUAAUGCAAAAUGUUUGGUUGAAGAUAAAGAAUGGUGGGAUAAGAGGAAUCAGUAUGCAAAUUAUUGUAAUUUAUAUAUUUAUUAAUCCACAUAAAAUUUCCGGAUCUGCUGUAGCCCCUCCACCCACUUUCUCAGUAAUGGCUGCCGUCUCACACACAUCCUGAGAUUUGAUGUCCCCACCUCACCCAUGCCCAUAACUCCUCAACAUUCCCUCCAUGGAUUGGAGGGAAACAUACUGUACUAUAAAGUGCCGCAUGUUUGAACUUUUAAUGCAAAAUGUUUGGUUGAAGAUAAAGAAUGGUGGGACAAGAGGAAUCAAGAAUCAGUAUGCUACUCAAGGAGGUUGGUUGACUGGCUUACAAUUCUUCAGUCUCUUUCUGCAAACCUUCCUAAUUUAUAUAUUUAUUUUUCCACAUCCUAAUUUUCUGAUUUGCUAUAGCUCCUCGCCAGUCUCUCUGUAAUGGCUGCCAUCUCACACACAUCCUGAGAUUUUGCGUCCCCACCUCACCCAUGCCCAUCCCCCCUCAACAUUCCUCCAUAGCUUGCUCUCAAACUUUGCAGAUUUGACUGGUGUGGAACCUACAAAAUGUCCAUUACAAAGAAUAAUUUUUUCUCCUGAAGCAUUACUUUGGGAGAUAACACAAGUUAAGUAAUUAAUUUCCUAGUUUUAUAACUUAAUUGAUGUGUGGUAGAGUUGUGACGCCAAAGUUAAGGUGUCAUUAGUUAUUAACACAGGGCUGGGCCGUAAGCCUCAGCUAGCUGCUUUUUGCAACCAAGCAGGAACUCCGGCCUGUGCCGGAGUCUAAAUCAAGCGCUCCUUUUUUGACUGCUGCACACCUGCACCGAAGGAGGAGAUUCAGACCUUCAUGCUAACAUCCGAGGAAUGAGGAGCAAUCUAGCUAAAGAAAAUGAGAAGUAGAUCCAGUGAUAGGAGUGACGGUGGAGUAGAGUCUACACCCAGCUGUUCCAGUUUAAAAGCUACAGAUGAGACAUUUGGGCUUGAUCCAGAGCAGAGGCAAAUGGAUCAAACACGUCAAGCUCGUCGCCUGCAGAAACUUAAAGCCCAUCACAAUAAAUGUGAGGCUCAUCACAAGAAGCUCGUCACAAAGGCAACAAAUGAAGUGAGGGAGAACACGUCUUUUCUCCAUCAGAAGGGCUUAAUGUCAAAACAGUCAUCCGAUGAGAGCGACGAUACCAUCAUCCUUGGUCCAACACCAACUGAAGGGGACAUGAGCGUGCCUGAGCUUACAAGAACUGACAGUGUGAUUCUAAACAAACAAAUGCUUUGCUACUCAGAAGCAUCUCUAUCAAGUUCUGACAUCACUGAGGAAGAGUAUGUUCCCGAUUCUGAGAAAUCUGAGAGUGGCAGUCUAAACGACAGUGACAGUUCAGUAGACGUUAAACAGCUCAAGAAGAGGAAGAAAAGAGCCCAGAAAAAUACUUCUUCUCUGGAAGUCCAACCACUUAAGAGAAUGCGUGUGACCACUUCUAGUUCCUUGACUGCAAAAGAUCCUGGAGAAUCUUCUUCAACUGAUGCAAAAGAUCCUGGAGAAUCUUCUUCAACUGAUGCAAAAGAUCCUGGAGAAUCUUCUUCAACUGAUGCAAAAGAUCCUGGAGAAUCUUCUUCACUUGAUGUGACAGUCAUGACCUUGAAGAAGAAGGGAGAUGGCAGUAGGGCUUACAAUAAAAGGUACUUUUGUGCAUUUUGUAGCAAACCUUACAGCAAAAUGGCACGUCAUCUAGAAGCAAAACACAGUGAUACACCAGAAGUGGAAAGUGCACUGAAAUGUCCCAAAGGUUCUAGAGAACGACGGCUGCAGUUGUCCUUGAUAAGAAACAAAGGAAACCGUGCCCAUAAUAAUAAAGUCAUUAAAGAGGGAAAAGGAAUGCUCAUUCCCCGCCAACAAUGCACUAAAUCUGCAAAAGCUGGUGAUUACUUGCAUUGCAUCAACUGCGAGGGUUACCUCAAGCGGAAAUCCUUGUGGAGGCAUAUGCAGAGGUGUUAUCUCAGUCAAAAAGUCACAGGACUGAAGCCAGGAACAUCUCGAGUCCAAGCCAUUUGCAAAUAUGCAGAGCCAGUACCAGACAGCGUCAAUGCACAGUUUUGGAAACUAAUACAUGACAUGCACCAUGAUGAUGUAGCAAAAGUUGUCCAAAGUGAGAAGUGCAUCUUGAAAUUUGGAGAACAUUUGUUCAACAAACAUGGUCAAGAUGUUACAAGACACGAAUACAUCCGACAGAAGAUGCGCGAAACCGCACGAGUUGUUCUGCAAGGGAAGAAAGAUGGCAAGUUGGAGACGCUCCCAGACUUCUUUGUGCCAGCUAACUUCCCUCAUGUUAUAGAUGCAGUUAAGAAAGUGGCUGGCUUGGAUGAAAGAACAAACGUCUUCAAAACGCCAUCUUUAGCACUCAAGUUGGGUCACAACCUCAAGAAAGUGGCAAAUGUUCUUGAAUGUGAGGCUAUGAUCUCAGGCGAUGAGAAUACCAUUCACAAUGUGCGAAUUUUCAAACAAAUCUGUGAGACCAGAUGGAGCGAGUGUGUCUCUUCCCAUGCUCUUAGGACUUUGAAUGAGGCUAAGUGGAAUGCUCCUCAGCUUAUUCCCUUUGCUGAAGACGUUAGGAAAAUGCACCAGUAUCUUGACACAAAAAGGAUGGAGUGCCAGAGGAACCUGAAGGAAGAAGCUGUAAAGAAGAACUGGGCUGAACUUGCCAAGAUCACGCUUUGUGAGGUGAUAAUAUUCAACCGGAGAAGAGAGGGAGAAGUAUCCAAGAUGCCACUGAACGCUUUCACCUUGAGAGAUACCUCUGUCACCCAUCCAGAUGUGGAGCUUGCUUUGUCAGAACUUGAAAAGAAGCUGUGUAAACACUUCCAGCGAAUUGAGAUAAAAGGCAAACGUGGCCGAAAGGUUCCCAUUCUCCUAACUCCUAAUAUGGCAUCAUCAAUGGAGUUGCUUGUCCAAAAUCGCCGCAAUUGUGAUGUAUUGGAUGAGAAUCCAUACAUGUUCGGGAGACCACAGACUCUCAAUCACUUCAGAGGAUCGGAUAUUAUUCGUGAGAUGGCUCAAAACUGUGGAGCAAAACACCCUGGAGCAUUGUCCUCAACCAAACUGAGGAAGCACAUGGCCACCAUGUCAAAGGUACUUAACCUAAAGGACAAUGAAAUGGACGACCUAGCUGACUUCCUUGGCCAUGACAUUAGAGUUCAUCGUCAGUAUUAUAGAUUGCCUGAAGGGACAUUACAGUUGGCAAAAAUCAGUAAAGUGUUGCUGGCACUAGAAAGAGGACAGCUCUCCCACUUCAAAGGACGAAAUCUGGAUGAAAUCAGCAUUGAUCCACAAGAAAAAAUGUCUGUGGACAGUGGAUCAGACACUGAAGAAGAGGUUGACUCAGCUGAGAGGGAUGCUGGUACUUCAUCUUCCAGAUCACCAGAUAUGGAUGGCAACAAAAAAGUAGAAAAUGGUCAAUUUGGGGUGACCAGGAGAUGCACCACUGAAGUUGGACAAAGCAAUGAUCUGCCCUCAGCAAAAGAGAGGUCAGAUGACGAGGUACUGGCAGACAUGGAAGUCUCUGGCAACUCCAACACGACUAACGGCCCACCACAAAAGAAGAGACUGAAGUGGAACCAAGAAGAAAUCCAGGCAGUGGAGAAAACACUCAUGGACUGUAUUGACUCUGGAAAGGUUCCUGGGAAAGCCCAGUGUAUGAAGUGCAUUGAAACCUCACCAGUAGCCCUCAAGGACAGGACAUGGCAAGGGAUUAAAUUCUAUGUGAAAAAUCGCAUAGAUGCAUUAAAACGAGAGACUUUCAAAAGAAGGUAAGCGUUGACCUUUUUGUUACUGUGAAAGAAAACGGAUCAUUUGUUAGUGCCAUUACCACGCCGAUUCUGUUUGGAGUUUCUGCCGGUUUUGAAGUUUUGAGACAGCUGCAGUCAAGUUUUGUAAUGCAAGUAUGUAUGCAUACUGUAUGUUCAUGUUUAUUGAUACAUAUCAAUGAAUACAUUUCAUUUUAGUACAUGCAUGUUGGAUUGUAUGUAUAUUUUUUGCAACAAGAUACUGUAAGUUAUGCAAUAAAAUGGUUCACAUAGAACCAGAAAA